GGGGAAAUGAGAUGCAUUAGGAGGACACUGAGCCACUUUCUUUCUGAGCACAAUGGGAGUGCUUCCCAAGAAACUUCCCCUUCUCUCCCCUCCGCUCUAGCCCUGAGCAAUGGGACACCUUCCCUACAGCAGCAAUAACUUAUUCGGGAGGAAAAUAACCCAGGAAGCAGGAAUCAACAGCAGCCGAGCGGCAGGCAGAAGAGCAACACAACCGGGACUGCAGCACAGCUCCACAUUUCCACAUUGACAAAUUCCUGUGGAUGUAAUUAGGAAGACACCCCGGCUAGCAGCGGAGAUUAAAAUCCUGGGUUGUUGAGGGUCGUCCCCCCCCUCCCAUUUUAUCCCCACCGCCCUGAUGGCGAACCUACACCCCCUGUGUCUCCCCCUCUCGCCAGCCUGAUGUCCGGAGCGAGAUUCCGCUGAAGGGAGAUUUCGGUGCGGGAAGCCUGGUCCUCCGGCCCCGAGCACCACUGCAGUGGCGGUGGCGGGGGCACAGGCGGAGCGGAGGGACGAGCCAAGGCAGCGCCGGAGCGGAGCCGCCGGCCGCUCCGCAGGCGAUCGCGGAGCGCCGCGCACCGCCGCUGUCCAGGGUGCUGAGCGGAGCCGCCCGCCAGGCGCUGCCCAGGGUGCUGAGCGGAGCGCGCACCGCCGCUGUCCAGGGUGCUGAGCGGGGCCGCCCGCCAGGCGCUGCCCGGGGUCGCUCUCCCUGCUGCUGCCCAGGGUGCUGAGCGGACCCCCUCGGCCUUCCCCCUGCCCAGCCCGCCUCGGGAGGGGUCGCUGGCUUCCCCCACCGAUUCUCCCCAAGUGCCGGGUUACUUUAUUGGCCAACCCCACCGGCCCACCCCUCACGGAGUACAAAAAAAAACAGCCAGAGCUGGAAAAAUGUGCAACGUCAACGCGCUCGGAGUCUACGUGUGGGAGACGAUCGUUUUCUUCAGCCUGGCAGCCUCCAAAGAAGCUGAAGCAGCAGCACGAUCUGCCCCCAAACCCAUGUCUCCUUCCGAUUUCUUGGAUAAGCUGAUGGGGCGAACUUCAGGAUAUGAUGCCAGGAUCAGGCCAAAUUUUAAAGGCCCACCAGUGAAUGUCAGCUGCAACAUUUUCAUCAACAGCUUUGGUUCGAUUGCAGAAACGACUAUGGAUUACAGGGUGAACAUCUUCCUGCGACAGCAGUGGAAUGACCCACGGUUGGCGUACAACGAAUACCCUGAUGACUCCCUGGACCUGGACCCCUCUAUGCUGGACUCCAUCUGGAAGCCUGACUUGUUCUUUGCUAAUGAGAAAGGGGCACAUUUCCAUGAGAUUACAACAGACAACAAGCUUCUGAGGAUCUCCAGAAAUGGCAACGUCCUCUACAGCAUCAGGAUCACGCUGACUCUGGCCUGCCCCAUGGACCUGAAGAACUUCCCCAUGGACGUACAGACGUGCAUCAUGCAGUUAGAAAGCUUUGGUUAUACAAUGAAUGAUCUCAUAUUUGAGUGGCAAGAAAAAGGAGCCGUGCAAGUUGCCGAUGGGCUGACAUUGCCUCAGUUUAUCCUCAAAGAAGAAAAAGACUUGAGAUACUGCACAAAGCACUACAACACAGGCAAGUUCACAUGUAUAGAAGCUCGUUUCCACCUGGAGCGGCAGAUGGGCUAUUACUUGAUCCAGAUGUACAUCCCCAGCCUCCUUAUUGUCAUUCUGUCCUGGAUCUCCUUCUGGAUCAAUAUGGAUGCUGCACCUGCUCGUGUUGGCCUGGGGAUCACCACAGUGCUCACUAUGACCACGCAGAGCUCUGGUUCCCGAGCAUCACUGCCCAAGGUAUCCUAUGUGAAGGCCAUAGACAUCUGGAUGGCUGUGUGCUUGCUGUUUGUGUUCUCUGCACUUCUAGAGUAUGCUGCUGUCAACUUCGUGUCUCGGCAGCACAAAGAGCUGCUCAGGUUCAGAAGGAAGAGGAGGCAUCAUAAGAGUCCCAUGCUGAAUCUGUUUCAGGAGGAUGAAGCUGCUGAAGGCAGGUUCAACUUCACUGCCUACGGGAUGGGACCAGCUUGCCUGCAAGCCAAGGAUGGCAUCUCCGUCAAGGGCGCCAACAACAACAACACAGCCAACCCCGUUCCCCCACCAUCCCGCUCCCCUGAGGAGAUGCGAAAGCUCUUCAUUCAGCGAGCCAAGAAGAUCGACAAGAUCUCACGCAUCGGCUUCCCGAUGGCAUUCCUCAUCUUCAACAUUUUCUAUUGGAUCAUCUACAAGAUCGUUCGCAGAGAGGAUGUGCACAACCAGUGAGGGAAGGGGAGCAGCUGGGAGGGAGUGAGCAAUCCUUUAUAUAUGUGCAAUAGCAAUGCAGCAAUGCAUGAAUUUAAGAAUGUGGCAAUAUCUAC